AUGCUGUUAAUAUUUGCACCCAGCGUGUACGGUGAGCAUAGUAGCUGUCCAACCCAGUGCAUAUGUGUGGAAAAUCGGAUGAAUUGUGAAAAAUCCGGACUGAAGAGUCUUCCACCACCAUUCCGAUUGCAUUUGGAGACAUUACAUGUGGCUAAUCAGACUUUCGAUACGACUCGACUAGGUCCGAACGAACUGGCCGUCUACACUAGUCCCGAAUACGGGGGACAAGUGAUACUGAAGAAACUUUUCAUCCGGUUUUGCAAUAUUAAAUCGAUUGAACCGAAAGCUUUUCGAGCACUCGGUUCGACACUGGAAAUGGUCGAUCUUUCUGGUAACCCCCUGAUUCAUAUAGGAGCCUAUGCGUUUGCUGGCUUGGGUCCAUUAACUGUCGUACUGGAUUAUGUAGAACAACCGGAGUUCGACAGUGAGGCUUUCGAGGACUGCCAAAUAAAAAGUCUCAUGAUGCAGUACUCUAACUUAUCAAGUCUGCCCAUCCAGCCAUUGCUCUCACUGGCAGCUAAAGGACGUUUGGAAAAGUUACUUCUACGAGGGAAUCGUUUUCGCUACUUGGACAGACAGUGUGAACGUUUAUUCAGUGAACUGACCUAUUUUGAACUGGAUGAAAAUCCCUGGCACUGCGACUGUCAACUAACAUGGCUAAUUCGACGCUAUCGGCACAUGCUUGAGAGUCGCUCACGCGGUUCUCGAUAUCGCGGGCCGAGCUCAGCUACGGGACCAGAAGUCAAUCAGCCCAGAUGUUCAUCACCCCCAUCAUUAAGUGGGAGAAAAUUCACCGAUUUGAUAACCGAUAUGAGCGAAAUUUAUGCUACAUCUACUCCGACUGUUCAUUCGCGCAUGCAUAGUCUACCAACCAUUCUUCAUUGCCCUCCACCACAAAUUGAACGUCUGGAUAUUAGUUUGGAGCAGUUUUUCUUUAGCGAUAAACAGGAAACGAACACGGAUAUUGAUCAAACAGGAGAGUUUGCAAGACCAGUAGCUCAUUUACGGUGCGCUGUGCGCGGAUCCCCACAACUGUCUGUUGUCUGGCGUUACCACCAUCCCGGUUUGGGGCCAACCAGUUUGCCAAAUACCAGCGUUACUCAGCGUUCUGGACAUAGUCGACUUAACAGACUGUCUACCAGUAGUAAUUUUGAACCGUGGUUAGAUGAUCGGCGCGAAGCGGAAACGGCACUAAGAGUGGAGAAAACCGGUGAACUGGACAUCUAUUCUUGUCUCGGUCAGGACAUUAUUGGCAAUGUGUCAGCACUGAUAAGAAUUCAGUGGCCGCCAAAUCCAAUUCAUUGGAAUACAGCUGCGCUAACUGGAUCGAACAGCCAUGAAGGUGAUACGAAGCAAGAUACUGGCAAUCAGUCCCUCGACUCAAUGGUUUCUUCCGACUGGGCAACAAAAGUUAUCAUGUCUUCCCAAUCGGCACUUCACACACCGCAGUUUAGUCUAAGCCAACUGUUGGGUGCGAUUGCAGGGACGUUCCUAUCAACCGUUUUGCUAUUUUUCAUUGUGCACUGGACUUUGCAUCGUCGAAUGACGGAUAGAGUUCAGCAUAAACAAUUUCCUGGUGAGAAGCAACCAACAAACUUGGUGAAUAACGUUGGGAUCUCACCCGCUGGCACUUCCUCUUCUCACGCGUCUUCAUCUAAUACAAAACAAGUGUCCGCAACUAAAAUGAACGAGACAUCGCCACAUCCCUCAUCAAACCCAAUCCCGAUGCAAUUUAGUCCGGAUGCUCUUUCUUUAAGUGCUAAUCUAUUCAAUGCACAUGCCUAUCACCAGUUAAUUAACGGAGGUUUGUCAAACAUGGGAAACCACACGAUAUCCCUUGGAAUGGGACACGGAAGUGGAAUAGUUGGCGGCUCAGACCAGACAAAAUCCACUUCUCAACAAGAGGACGGUAGUACAUCACAAUCAGCUACCUACGAACCUGUCGCCUAUUCGGAAGCCAAACCGAUAACUUAUGACAUACCGUGGAUGGUCAACAUGCAACAUUCUCAACCGAGGGCACCGAACGAACAGCACAUUCCGCUGCUUCUUAGCAGUAUGCUGACUGAUGUGAACCGGUACGUAGAAACACCAGUCACAUCCCACUCCGGUCUAAUUCAGUCAGCUCUGAUGAUUCCACCACCCCCACCCAUACCACAACCAUCAUUACCGUCUUCAGCUCAGUCAUCACUAACAAUGACAAAUGGUACUUGUACACGAAACUUGUCCAUGACACCGAAAGAUAGUAAUCUAUUUGUACUCCAAGCUACUGGCUACCCAUAUCCGGGAAUCGUUUCCAAUUCCGCCUUGUUCGACUCGUCCCAAUCCUCAACAUAA